CACAAAAAAACAAGUUAAAUAAUUAUCCCUUUAAUGAUAAUAUAAGAAAUAAAAAUAUCCUUUAUAAUGACGAUAAAGAUAAAUAUAAAGAUAAAUAUAAAGAUAUAAAUAAAGAUCACGAUUUAUUUUUUGGAGAUAACAAAAAAAAAAAAAGGGAUGCUGAAAAUUAUAUGUUCAAUGAAACCUAUAACGUGUUAAAAAACACAAAUAAUGAUAUUAUAUUUCAUAAUAAUAAGAGGAAAAAAGAUUGUAUAGAAAAUACAUUAAAAAAUUUAUAUACUAAUAAUUGUGAUAUACCCCCAAGUAAAAAUGGCACAAAAUUAAUAAAGAGAAAUAUAAAUGAGGGUAGCUAUAUUAAUGAUGAUUUAUAUAAAGAUAAUAUAUUUAAUAAUAAGAGUUAUAUGAAUAUUCCACAUAAUAUUCACAAUGUGAACCAUCAAAAGGAUAAAGAAAUAUCGUUGAGUAAUAAUAUUUCGAUGCUACUCGAUCGCAUAAGUGAUAAUUCAGAUAAUAAGAAAAAUACAUUCGAAUAUGGCCAAAAUAAUUAUCAUGAUCAUUAUAAUAACAACACAACAUAUGAAAAUUCAUAUAAUUAUGUUAAUACAAUAAAUUAUAAUGAUAAUUUAAAUAUGGAUACAAAUAGUUUUGUUAUAUCAGAUAAUUAUAUAUGCCAAUUUGGUUUGUCUUCAUUAUAUAAAUGUAAAUUAAAAAAUGAAAAUAAUUCUUUCCUUAUAAAUGUUAUUGAUUCAUUCUAUUUAAAUCAUAUUAAUGGAAAUGAUAUUGUAGCAAAUAAUAUUCUAUUUCAUAAAAGGUUGAGACAUAUUAAUAUUUUAUCAUAUAAAGGAAAAACAGCAGAUAAAAAUAAAUUAUAUUUAUUAUUUCAAAAUAUUCAUGGUAAUAUCUUAAAAACAUAUUCAACCCCCUUAGAGGAAACCAUCAUAGCUUGUUAUGCAUAUCAAAUUAUUGAUUUGUUGGAAUACAUGCACAACAAUUUUAUAAUAUUCCAGGGUAAAAA